AUGCGCUCUGGCGUGCCGCUGACAGACGAGGAUCGUGAACCGUGGUUACAUCGGCUAAGGGAAGAGACGCUCGCGCCAUGCCAGGGUCUCAGCACUGUGUCAGUGGUGCUCGCCUGCUCCGCGCUGCGCCGCCGCUACCGUGACGUGCUUCGGGGGAUGGGCUGCAGCAAGGAUCCUCAAGCUGUCGCCGACAUGCUACAGCACACGGAAGUUUUCUUCCUGAUGCUCAGUGGAGACGUGAAGCUCAUUGAGGAGCGGAUGCAGACGCGCCAGGGCCACUUCAUGCCAGCCACCCUCCUCGGAUCUCAGAUGGCCACCCUGGAGGCACUGCAGCCAGCGGAACUCGGCUCCACGGUUGACUUGGCUGACCCGCCUGCACUGAUCGCUGAGAAGGCAGCCGAGCUUAUUCGAAUCUCCACCACGCCAUAA